AUGGCUUCUACCCCCAUUCCCAGACAGCGUGAAAUUGUCGACAACCGCGAAUCGGUUCUGCGCACCUCCAUCCUCGAAAGUGCUUUAGAACUUGGGGUGGGCACCAGUCGUACCGUCACUCAUUGGAUAUUCAACCCCGUAGAAGAGGUGGACGAGGAUGCAGAAUCUGAUGCCAUUUCCCCAAGCCUUACAUAUGCAUCGACUGCAACGUCGGAGGAGGCAUUGCCCUCCAACUUUCUUACUUCUUGGAACCAGCCUGGCGCUGGAAUCUCAGCUUCUCGGCCAUUCUAUGGCAAGGUACCCGGCGGACCUGGUCCUUCACCGUUGAAUAUUCAGAGAGAUGGGCUUCAUUCUGAUGCCGUCUCUCUAGAAAGCCAACAGCGUUUCAUUCAGUUUGACCUCAGUGCAACUCCAGAGCCUCGUGUUCUUUCACCUAUGCCCGUCGCGCCUAAGCAGAACAAGCUCCGCAAAUGGCGAGCGCCCGGGAAUGAGAGUGACGGCGGAUACCUGAGCGACAGCGGGAAGGGCAAGAAGGACAAGAAGAGCAAGAAGAAAGACAAGAAGAAUGGCAAUGCGACGGAGUAUGAGAGCGAUGGAGGUUAUCUGUCUGACAUCAUCUCCAGACGGAAAACAAGCAAAACACCUAGGGCGAAGGAUGCAGAGUCGCCCGCUACGGAUCACGAGAUCGAUAGGGGUUCCACGUUGAAGGUAUCUGCAUCAAGUUCGCAGAGCAAGAAGAGCCAACGGCCGCGAAAGACGUCCCUCCUUUCUCCGACAACGGGCGACGAGUCAGAUGGUGGCUACUUAUCAGAGGCGUCCGUCAAAAAGAGAGGUUUCUUUCGCCUGAAUACACGCUCUCCGCGUAAGAAACGAGAUUUGGUCGAUUCACCUGAGGAGCUGAUUCCUCCCGUGCCCGCCUUGCCGCCCAUGCAGCUGCCGAUUGCAGAAAGGUUCUUACGGAGUGAAACGCCGAAUUCGAUGGAUGCCGUAAGGUCGAGGACUGUGACCCCAGUACCGAGCCAGUUUUCCUUAAGCGACCGCGGCAGUUCGGAAACAUGGACGUCUGCGGAGAGAGACAAGGCGCCCUCGACCAUAGGCUCUAUUUCCUCACAUGAUGGCCUCAUUCGAGCGUUCCGCGAUGCUGAAUCCGUACGUCACCCGAGCAUUGAUACUUUGUCUACCUUCAACCAGCUCGGUGCGAGUACACACGCUCUUCCCAAGGGUCCAUCGCGUCCUCGUCCGCCUCCCGCAUCGCCUACACGUUUCCCAGACGUCCCGACUAUUGCUCUUCCGAAGGCGAAAGGUUCACGCCCAACAAUAUCCGCCCCAAAUACCAGCACGUUGAUUACAAAACAUGUCCCCGCUCCCCUCGUGCUCACUCCGUCUUCUGCGUCCUCCGCAUCUAUCCGCUCGCAAGCCGCGCAACACUUCCCCAUCUCCCCUGAUCCUGACUAUGUUAUUGUCACUCCGCCCGGGUCGUCCACCCCGACAGCCCUCAAUCCCCGCCCGUCGUCCAGUCUUGUUAUUCCUUCAUCCGACUAUAUCCUACCCUCUCCGUCCGCGACGGUGGCAGCUGUCCCACCAAGUCCUACAGCUGCCCAGUAUGUACUGCGGCCACACGUGCAAGCGUACUACGAGCUGCCACCACCCACACCUCCUCCUCGAGGUCCCCUCCCGGAUGUUCCAUCAGACGUUUCCUCGCGCGCGGAGCGCUUGUCGUCACGCACUCCAUCAGUGGACAGUCUGCCAAUGAGGCCUCCAAGCCGGCUGGGUGCCAAAGCCACUACAGCGAUUCCGCCUCUCUCACGCGCAUUGUCGCCAUCCAUUACUAUGCGCCCAUCUACUGCGCCCGCAGCACAUUCUCAUUCUGAGCCCACCAGCAUUCCGACCCUUGCGCAAUUGAACGCGAACGGUAGUGUUCCACUGUCGUCGCAGCCCGCCUCGCGCAUACAGCGUGGCCGCGAGUCACCAUUCCCUACAAUACCCAUCCACUCGCACGAAGAUGUGGCAGGCCUGGCUCGCAAAACGUCGACGCUGGCCCCACCGGGUGCAGGUAGAAUACCCCGAUACCCCCACGGCAGCGGUCCGGUGUCUGCAGAUAAUAUUUACUUCGGUAAACAGCGGGAUGCGCAGUGGCAGCCGCGUUCGGCGUCCGCGCUGGACAGGCCAUCCUCAAGGUUGAGGCAAGAUGUGGACAUCCACCGCGAUGAGCCGCCGAAACCAGACAUAGAUGACGAGAUGUAUCUGGAUAUGGAAGACGAUCAGUCGCUGUACGAGGAUGCCGACUCUGAUGACCGCUCACUCUACGCUGACGAAGAGCGCAGUGAGGCGGGGGACCGCUCCAGCAUGUGGAGCGUGUCAGAAGGCCGGCAGAGCUUCAUGGACACGGAGAAGAGCGCGAAGGCCCGUGAACGCUUCGUAAAGCGCGUAGAGGCGAUGUAUGGAGAGAGCGGGGUGGACUACGACGCGAUUCCACCAGUACCGCAUCUUAGCCCUGCAGUCAAGAGUGGUCUCGCGGGUAUGUGA